AUGCAGUUCUCCUCCACUCUCUUCUACGCUUGCGCCCUUGCCCUCGCCGCCUUCGGUGUGCAGGCUGCCGACAACUCUUCGUCCGCCGCUUCGUCGGGCAGCGCCGUCGCCUCCGCGUCCGCCGUAGCCAACAGCACCUCCGCAUCCGCCGCAGCCAACAGCACCUCCGCGUCCGCAACGGCGUCGGGAUCCGCAUCCACAUCUGCGACCGCCGCCAACACCACCGCGACUAACGGGACGACGAAGAACCACGCGCUCCAGGGCGCCGUCCUCGACUACUCUGUCCUGUACGGGGCCGCCUCGCUCCUCGGCGGGACCAUCCUCGGCGCGGUCACCGUGUUGUAGGGCGCGACAUUGGCACGGACACCGCCUUCCACUUGCGGAUGCAGUUGCGGUUAUGGCAUGGACUUCUAGAGGAAAUUGAUGUAUCUCAAAUCUGUCAUUCACAUCGCAUCUUUGACCUAUGACUACGAAUAUGACGCCCGA